AAUCCAGAUACUCGUGACACUGCUGGUACUUCACCCCUGCACAUGGCCGUUUCACUCGGCCAAGCAAGCUUGGUGCAAGCAUUGCUCGACGCUGGCGCUGAGCCAACUGUCUGUGAUCAACGUCAACGAACGCCUCUGCAUACUGCCGUUGAAGCUGGGCACACCGACGUGGUUCGGGCGCUCGUUAAAAUUGGAGGCGACGCGCUCAUGGCAGCUACGGAUGCUGCUGGGUGCACUGUCGCCCACCUGGCGUGC